AUGCUGAGAUAACAUUUAGUCCGCGAAAACAUUGCAAAAGAAAACUUAAAUGAACAUUAAGAUAUGACAGCUAAAAAGUAUUACAUUAGAUAGAAUAUAUCAAUUAACAAAUAAAUUCCUCUUUUAGAUACUGAGAAUGCUAUUAAUUCCUUCAAUCAUGCUUAAAAACCUAUUUUUUCUAACUAAAUUAAAUAAUUGGAUCAUUUAAAACAAGUUUCUCAACAAGAUAACUAAGACUCUUCUUUUGAAGCGAGCUUUAAUGGCCAGAAUAAGAAUUAAUAAAACAAGUUCUUCCUUAAGCUAUUGAUUCCUUCAAAGGGUUCCUAAAAUAGCUCUCCUAAAUCAGUAAGCAAGAUAGAUUAAUUAAAUAGUAAUGAUAGUUUUAAUAGUAAAUAACUAUACAUUAGAAAGAAACAAGCUUCACCAAACAAUCAAAGUUCUUUCAAUAAGCACGAAUGCUAAUAAAUAUUCAAUUUAAAACAGUAAAUAAAUCAAAGAGAUUAGCAAUAUAAUUAAAUAAAGAAACAUAAAUCAAAGAGUUUUUUGAACUUGAAACAGAUAAAUUCUUCCUUAAUAAAUGAAGAAAAUAAAAAGAGUCUUUAAAUUCAGAAUUUAAACGAAUAGUAAAAUGAUAGCGUAAAUUAAAAUGUAAAUAAAAGAAAAUAUUAAAUUGAUGUUGCUGGAUUUAUGUAAACAAGUAAAUAAAUAAAUUCAUUAAAUAUGCCAAGUAUAAGCAGUCCUAGUUAAUCCGUGUCUCCGUGUAGAAUUUCAAGAGUUAAUAGCCAUUUAAAAUUUAACAUUUCAAAUACUCCAACUUCAUUUAGUGGUGGAUAAUUACUGGAUUUCUAAGAUAGAAAUGACACAACUCCUUAUUCAAAUAUGAAUAAAGAGAAAAGGAGAUCCAGUUUGAAUUUAGCUAAUAACUAAGAAGAAAACUAAUAAAUUUAGUAAACCAACCAUUAAAGGUUAAGCAUAAAGAAGGAAUCGAGAAUUGCUUCAUUAACAAGGCUGCAAGAAGAAGAAAAGAAUAAAUUCAUUGAAGAAGCAUAAAAAAUGUAUAUAGAAAAAAGAAUAAUAGCAGAUGAAGAAGAUCUGAAAGUAGUAAGCAAAAUGUAGCUAGAUUAAAAUGAAUAUAAAAAUGUAGAUAAUAUAAUAUAGUACUAAAAAAGUAAUAAAACACAUUAAAUAUUAAAAGAUUUGUAUAAAUAAAAUAUCUCAAAGUAGUAAUCAUUUUCAAUAGAUAAAAAUGCUUAAAACUUCUUAUAAAAUAAAGUUUGUAAAAGACACUCCUCAGUUAUUGGAAUUAAAACCCCAUAGAUACUUAUUUAAAACUGCUAAAAACCAAAAAAAAUUAUUUAAUUAAAAGAAAUUACUUAAGAAAAAAUUGAGUCUAGAGAAACCGUUAAAACGAAAUUAGCAAACCCUGUCAUUGAUAAAAAAAUUCUACCAAGAAAAUUAAGUUUAAUUCCUAUAAAUAGAAGUUAUAACAGCAUAAGCUUUUCUAAUUAUAAAGACAGAGAAUCUUCAUUAUAACCAAAUGUCUAAGAUUCAAUUUCAUAAAUAACUCAAAAAGACAUCUUUUAACCAUUCAAAUAAAAAAUAUCCAAUAUAAAUCAAUAAAUAUAUCAACUUCUUCUCAAAUCUUCUCCUGACUAAAUACUUGAACUAAGUUUAUCCAAAAAAGAUUUAAAUAUAGAAACGAUUACUUUGCUAUAGCAAAAAUUCUUAUCUUAAAACUCAAAGCUUUUAAUUUUAAAUUUGGAGAACUGUAAAAUUAAUGACUAAGUUGCAAAUUCAUUAAUGGAAUGCUUAGCGAGCAACUCUUCAAUAAAAAAAUUGAAUUUAUCUUAGAAUCAAAUAAGCUCUAAAUCAUGCCAAAAUAUUAAAAAGGUUAUUUCCGAAAAUUACUAUCUAGAGGAGUUCUAUUUACACUGGAAUUUAAUUAAGGGAGAUGGUGGAGCUUUAAUUGCUUAAGGACUGUAAGUUAAUACAACGUUGAAUGUAUUAGAUCUGAGUAAAAACCCUUUAGGUGGAGAUUAAAAUAAAUUGGCCUGCAGUUAAGAAAUUAAACGCUUUUUAAUGUAUCAGCAAUCAAAUGUAGUUCAUUUAGAUCUCUCAAAUUGUGGUUUUAAUCAAUAAGAAUCUACAAUAAUUUAAGAAGGAUUAAUAAAUAACCAUACUAUUUAUGGCUUUCAUUUUUCUGGGAAUGUAGGAGUUGUAGAUGCUUUGGGAUUUCUUAAUAUAAAUAACCAUAUAAACAGCUUCAGAAAUAUUCAUUUAAAUCACCGUAUUGAUGGAGUCAAUACUUUAAAUUUCAUGCUAGCUAAGGACAGAUCCUUAGUUUCUGUAGAUAAUUGCUGGAUUUGUUAAGGUUGGCAAGAACAAGAAAUCACAGUUGAUAUUAGCAACUUUAAUGCUAAAAAUAUGAUUCAUAGAGUCUUUGUCCAUUUAGAUUUUCUUGAAUAUAAAGGGAUUUAAUUACAACCAAAAUAAAAUAAUAAUAUUUACUAUUUAAAAGUGAUGUGUCCUCCUAAUUAAACUCUUCAGUUCUUUUUUACCAUCCCUGAAUAAAAAAUAUAAAUGAUAUCUCCUUAGUAUCAUUCUUACUAAAUACAAACUUUGGGGGUAGAUAUUCCUACUGGAAUAUUAUUUUAAUAAGAUGCAGCAAUGACUAUGCCAUUAGAUCCUGAAAUAAAUUAAAUUAAUAUUUUAAAAACCUAAGUUGGAAAAGUUAUUGAUGAAGAGACUUUUCAUCCUCUUAUCCAAUGUUAUCCAAGACCAUCGAUGACAAAUUAAUUAUAAUAAUAAUAAAAAAAAUAAAGUUAAUUACCUACUUGGAAAGGUGAUAAGAGAAAACAAAUCAUGUAAAAACUUUUAAAUAACACAAUCCAUCUUAAUUCUAAAAUUCCUAAAUCUCCAAAUAAUUAAAUAAAGCAGCAGAAUACUUCUAAAAAUUAAUUAAUUAAUUGA